AUAACGAAUUUCAAAAUUCAAACCCCCUAAAAAAACCACAACAUGGAGUAAUUUUUAUUUCACUCUCUUAACCUCUAGGGCUCGUUUGGCGUUUGAAAUAUCAACUCCAGUAAUCGAGUAGCAAACAAAUUUGGAAUUUGCCGCCAAAUCUCUCUUCAACUCUUCCCCGUCUCUCUCCUCUUUCUCUCUCAUCUCUCCCGUCUCCUGAGUCCUGAGCGUAACAAUGGCGAGUGGAUCAGGGUUUUCCAUGGAAGAAUUCGAGUCAUUAAUGGCGACAUCAGAUGUUGAGCUUUUAAAGAGAGCUUGGCGCAACGAGAAAUCUGCUCCCGAAAUUCUUCAAUUCCAGUCUUCUUUGGUUCUCAGAUCUCGCGAGCAAAUUCAACUUAUGGAGGAAACCAUCGAGGAGUUUACAAAAAGUGGUUUCGAUCCUCUGAUAGUGUCUAUAUAUCAAAUGGAUAUGGAUCGGGCUCAAUAUAUGUUGAGAUCAUAUCUUCGGACUCGUCUUCAAAAGAUAGAGAAGAAUAUGAUUCAUAUCUCAAAAACAGACCUUUGGAACCGACUUUCAAAAGAGGAACAAAACUUCGCCAAAAGGUGCUAUGAAAAUAUGAAGAGUUAUCUUGAUGAGUCAGUUCUGUCAAAACUGCCAACUGGAUACCAGUCUGAUCUUAAGCAAUCCAAUGCUAGUGAAGAAAAUGACAUGGUUCCGGAGCCAAAUUUGGAUACAUUUGUGUUUUGCAAGAGUGAUAGUUCUAUUGGAGCCAUUCCACUUGAUGACAGUGCGGAUGAGAUUGUGGACCUUGUUGCUGGUGAUUUAUAUGUUCUUCGUUACAAGUCAAUUAAGCCCUUUGUGGAGAAUGGGCAGGUUGAUCUUGUUUGAGGGAUCUCUUUAUCAUUCCUGAACAUUUACAACUUCAACCUCUUCUCCUGGGCCCUCAGUGAAACUGGAGGUCGUAUUACAGCUAGCUUAAUCUAUAGAGAAUAUGAAAAUGUAGCUUGUCUGAGCAUCCUUGAUCAUUUCACUCAGCUGAUGACUGAUUGUGCUAAUAGCGUUUUGCUAGCUUGGAAUUUCUACAUUAUGGUCUGAUAUCAGGGAGAAAGAAUACCUUGAAUUGGGGACAAGUAGUUUGGGUCUGGUAUAUGUUCAUUUUUAUGAACAUGUUUGAGGCUGGUUGUCCAGAAUAGAUUAAGGUUCCUCUGGCAAAUGUUAUGUAAUGAGAUGUUAAAUGUAUUAUCGAAAAUUUGAAACUACUCAAUAUUUAACUGUACUAUUUGUUUGU